UAGCCUUUUUUUCUUGUGUGUGUCGAUGCGUGACAGCAAAGCACGCUACUCUUCUUUGAAUUACUACUAAACACAAGGACGCGAUGGAUCUGCUGAACUGCGCUGGCUCUGUCUGGGUAAGGGCACUGGUGCUGCUUUCGUUAUGGGAUUCGUCUUUCGGCCAAAUUUCGUACUCUGUCUCAGAGGAGGCAAAGAAGGGAACCGUUGUUGGAAAUAUUGCGAAGGAUCUUAAUCUCAGUGGGCAGGACCUGGAGUCACGCGCAUUUCAGCUUGUGGCUGGACCCAAUGCGAAGUAUUUCGAGGUAAAUCUUAAGACUGGGUUCUUACUUGUUAAUGACAGAAUUGACAGAGAGGAAUUAUGUGAAAACAAACAAAAAUGCGUACUGAAUAUUGAAGUAAUGGUACACAAUCCACACAAGCUUUACCGUGUUGAAAUGAUCAUUCUAGACAUCAAUGACAACUCUCCGGUGUUUCCACGACAAACCUUUGUUUUGGAUAUUAAUGAACAUGUGCUUCCGGGAGAUCGGUUUACUGUAAGUACGGCCCGUGAUAUGGACAUCGAGAGUAAUUCUGUGAAAUCUUACAAAAUUAAACCGAAUGAAUAUUUUUCAUUGGACGUGCAGAGCGCUGGACAGCAUAGUGCUUCAGCUGAACUAGUGCUGCAGAAAUCACUGGACCGGGAGAGAGAGUCUGUGAUUAAACUCGUGCUCACUGCAAUAGACGGUGGAAGUCCUCCUCGGUCCGGGACACUGCAGGUCAUUAUAAAUGUGCUGGAUAUAAACGACAAUAACCCCGUGUUCACCAAACCUCUCUACAAAGUUAAAGUCCACGAGAAUGCACUUGUAGGAAGUAAAGUAAUUACUGUCUCCGCAACAGAUUCAGACGAGGGUGUUAAUGGUGAACUGUCCUAUUCCAUUGUAAAUGAUGAGGAAAGUUUAACCCUAGAUCAAUUCUCUAUAAAUCCAGUGUCUGGGGAUAUCACUAUCAAAGGGAAGAUUGAUCACGAAGAAAAUCCUGCAAUUGAACUGAGAAUACAGGCUCAAGACAAAGGACAGCCUCCGAGAAAGUCUAGAUGCAAAGUAUUAAUUGAAGUUGUGGAUGUGAAUGACAAUGCACCUAAAAUAUCAGUUACUCUGCUCAUAAGCUCGGUAAGCGAGGACAUCAGACCUGGUGCCGAUGUGGCACUGAUUACAAUUUCAGAUAAAGAUGAUGGAGAAAAUGGAAAAGUAGAUUGUAAAAUAGCAGGCCCGAGUCCCUUUAAACUUCAGUCAUCGUAUAAAGACUCCUAUUCUCUUGUUGUAAAUGAACCUCUUGACAGAGAGCGGGAAUCACAAUAUAAUAUUACAAUUAUAGCUAAUGACGAAGGGGACCCCUCCCUCUCCAGUAGUACCGUCAUAACGAUCCAUGUUUCUGACGUAAAUGACAACUCACCCAUGUUCCGUGCACAUGUGAUAAAUAUCAGCGUAAAAGAGAAUAGUCCAGUUGGAGGGUUCUUGACAUCUGUGACAGCACAAGAUCUAGAUAUUGGUGAAAAUGCAAAUAUUCAGUAUUCACUGCUUGAUGGAGAUAACAGCAAAGUACUUGUGUCAACUCUGCUGAACAUGAACUCACUCACCGGUGAACUGUACAGCCUGACGUCCUUUGAUUAUGAGAAAACAAAGCAAAUCCGGUUUAAAGUUCAAGCCACUGACUCUGGAGUUCCUCCUCUUAGUAGCAGUGUGACAGUCAACAUUUUUAUACUGGAUGAGAAUGAUAACAGUCCAGUUAUUCUACCGCCAUAUUCUGAACCCGGAUCAGUUAACACUGAGAACAUUCCCUACUCUGCUGAAGUGGGUUACUUUGUGGCUAAAAUCAGAGCUGUAGAUGCUGAUUCUGGUUAUAAUGCAUUGCUGUCUUACUAUAUAACUGAACCUAAGGGAACUAAUCUCUUCCGCAUUGGAACCAGCACUGGAGAAAUAAGAACUAAACGACGAAUGAGUGACAAUGAUUUAAAGACUCAUCCGCUUGUUAUCACUGUCUCGGAUAAUGGAGAAUCACCACUAUCAGCGACUAUGUCUAUCGAUGUUGUAGUUCUUGAAAAUAUUGACCUUAUGAACACACCUCUGAGGAAUUUGCCAGUUAAGGAAGACACUUUUUCUGAUUUAAAUCUAUAUUUGCUAAUCGCUAUUAUCUCGGUGUCCGCAAUAUUUUUAUUGAGCCUCAUGGGUUUAAUAGCAGCUAAAUGCUACAGAACAGAUGGCAUUUUCAGCGGGUACAGCGCUCCAGUGGUCACUACACACCCUGACGGGAGCUGGUCUUACUCUAAAUCCACUCAGCAGUAUGACGUGUGUUUUAGCUCAGACACAAUGAGGAGUGACGUAGUGGUUUUUCCAUCGCCAUUUCCGCCUGCAGAGGCAGAUCUGAUCAGCAUUAAUGGAGAGGACACCUUUACUCGGAUACAAACUCUUCCGAGUACCACAAAGGUAAGGCUUUGCUUUCCUCUGAGGUUUUGGCUACCUUCUCAUUUUGUCAUUAAGGGAAAUUUACAAUGCACUCACAUAGGAAGAUUUAAUUUACAGCGGUUGGCUUUGUUUGAGUAAAUCUGGACUGUCUGUCUAGU